GAUUCUCACCAGUAAGUCUCAGAUGUGGCAGCCUGGUAGUCGUAAGAAAACAGUAAAAAAUUAAAAAGAGUUUUCCUAAAAUAAAACUGAAAAAAAUUGACAAAAUUGUUAGUGUAAUUUUGGGCCAAAAUGACAAGCGGAGAUGGGUCUAUUUUUGAGUUUAAGACUACAAUUGACCGCAAUGAACCUGUAGAAACGGCCACCCCACCGCAAUCUAAGACACGGAGCUCCAGCUGUCGCGCAAAGUCACGACCAACCUGGGAGGCAUGGUGCGAACGUAACUCGAAGCCGGUCAAGCGGCCUAAGCCUUGUUUUGUGUCGUAUAUGACCCGAUGGAAGAAGCCAGGACCCAUGACCAAAAAGGAGUGGAAGAACUUUUGCAGUUGGGCUCUCCUACGGGCAGGACCUCGAGAAACUGAGCCGCCAAAGCGGCAGGAGGAGCCUUGCCUGGCGAAAUACCUGCCUUGUGCUUGGCCGAAGCGUCGUCUGGACAAAGAUGAGCUGGAGGAGAAGAUAAAGAAGUUGGCCACGCCCCGAAAGAUCACCGGGAAGUACAAUGGGCCAGUCAAAUCGCCCGCGUACUCCCCUGUGGUCUCUUGGGGCGAACCGCCACAUCGCGAUCCGGGAAGACCUUUCAAGCCACCCCGCGUUCCCUGCUGCUUUCUAAACGAGGAGCUCGAGGCAGAGUUCUGGUCUCAGCUACGAUUUCCUGUUCGCCAGGCCGCCCUCUUGGGCCAGGCCACACCACGCAUUAUGAAUCUGUCCAAGCCCCGAAUAUAUCCCAUUGCGAGAAGGCCGCUGGGUCCCUUGGAUGUGCCACCCCCACCGCGAAAGAAGUUCACUAGAAGAGGGUGGCAGCUGCACCAGCUCCGCUUGAUUUACCUGUCCCAGCCUGUGUCCCGGUCGGGCUCUGAAUAUUAUCUCUAUAUUGGGUGCCCUUGUUGUCCCUGUAGUAAUAAAAAACGCUGAUUUCAAACUGUA